GUCCUGCGAUUCGAGCGAAGUAUUGAUUUUCUCACAGUGCUGACAUAAUUUCCUUACCAUCGAGUGCAGUCGUGUUUACCUAGCGUGCUACGCUUAAAAUUGGCCAAACGAGUUUAAAAUUUCGGUCGGAGCGUUACGGGAAAAGGCGACAAGAUUGCACACCUACUGGAAAACCCCCUGCAUCAAGGCAACGGUGGAACGGCGGACCGUCUGGGCGUGGACUUCGAGUUCUACAUGGCCUCGAAGGUGCAUCCAAGUCCGGGGGCGGCGCGCAGUGUGUGGGCGUUGCCCCUAACCGCCUCCUCCUCCUGUAAUAUGGUCGUUGCGGAGGAGGAUGGCCAUGCUCACGCCGACGACAUUCAUCUAGAUCACCGCCCACACUCUCCUCCUUUGACAGGUCGCGGCACAGAUGGUCGUCACGGUGGUGCAGGUGUUGAAGACCAUGAGAAUGUUCUUCUCUUCGAAGGAUUAGAUGGCGCCACUACUGUAAACCUGGACGAUAUUUUCGACAUUAUCAAAAAUGGAGAAGUCAGUGAGGUGGAGAACUUGGUGGAUAAGUUCGGCAUGGAGUGUUUGUCAGCCAGGGAUCGCCAUGGCUACACGCCUGCACACUGGAUAGCUCUUAAUGGAAAUGUCCAGCUGAUGAGGUACCUCAUCGAGCGAACUGCUCCCAUUGAUUUGCCUUGUUUGGGAACGCAAGGACCACGACCAAUUCAUUGGGCAUGCAGGAAGGGCCAUGCCUCCGUCGUACAGGUGCUCCUCCAGGCGGGAGUUGCCGUCAACGCGGCGGAUUUUAAGGGACUGACUCCGCUACAUCUGGCUUGCAUGUACGGACGGACAGCCACGGCCGCCUAUCUUCUAGGAAUGGGAGCACUGAACAACCUAACCGAUAUUAAUGGUGAUACGGCGUUACAUUGGGCGGCAUACAAAGGUCAUGCAGAUUUGAUGCGACUGCUGAUGUACUCUGGAGUAGAACUGCAAAAGACGGACAACUUUGGAUCCACACCAUUGCACCUGGCGUGCUUAUCGGGCAAUAUGACCUGUGUCCGUCUGUUAUGUGAGAAAUCCCAGCUAGAUCUGGAACCGAGAGACAAGAAUGGAAAGACGCCGAUAAUGUUGGCUCAGGCUCAUCAGCAUCAGGAUGUAGUCCGUCUACUUUACGGGGAAGUUAAGAAGAAAUCUCGCUGGAUUCCCUCGGUUUCAGAAAGUUGGGGAUGGCUAUUCGGCGGAGCCGGGGACUCCAAGGGUCCACUGUUUCUGUUCCUUUUCUCCGUGCUGCUAUGGGGCUAUCCAAUGUACAUGAUCCGUGCGAUACCUAUAACAUGGAAUAUACUAAGGCGUUCGCAUUACUGCUUUAUAUACUGGAACAUACUAAUGUGGGUCAGCUGGGCAAUUGCCAACCGUAGGGAUCCGGGGUACAUACCACUCAGUUCAGAUGCAUACUACCGAGCCAUCAAGCAGAUCCCAUAUUUUGAUAAACUGAAGAAGCGCAAUGUUAUGUUAACCAGGCUGUGCCACAGCUGCAGGUGUCUCCGACCGCUAAGGGCCAAACACUGUCGAGUGUGCAACCGGUGUGUGUCUUACUUCGAUCACCACUGCCCCUUUAUCUACAACUGCGUGGGUCUGCGCAACCGGAUGUGGUUUUUCCUGUUUGUCCUCUCGGUGGCCAUCAACUGCUCUUUCACCAUAUACUUUGCAUGCUACUGCGUAAUGAUCGAGGGCUUCACAAUGCUCUAUGUUUUGGGACUUAUCGAGGCGGUUGUGUUCUGUGGACUUGGUUGGAUACUAACUUGUACUUCAAUCCUUCACGCCUGCAUGAACCUGACGACGAACGAGAUGUUCAACUACAAAAGAUAUCCUUAUCUCCGGGACAAGCGUGGUCGCUAUCAAAACCCCUUCUCGCGCGGUCCCAUAUUGAAUUUGCUGGAGUUCUUCGUCUGUCUGCCAGAUCGAGGUGAUGACAACGAUCUUUUGCUGGAGGAUAACAUUUGAUUAAGGAUCUAGGAUCGAGCCCCUGCCCGCCGGCGCAAGCUGCCCGUGCGUGGAUAAUGUUGCGAGGAGGCAGCCAGGGACCCACUCGGGUAGGCUGCCAAUUUGAUUUCGCUGCACAGGCUUUUUGCUUACUCGAAUGCUUUAAAGUUCGAAUCGAAAGUCGGCAAGUGCGUAUUUUAUCAUCUACAAUUGCAAUAUAUCUAUCGUUACGGAAGGACAAAUCGAUAGAUAUCUGCUCAUCAGCCUGUUUAAAAUUACAAAAGCUAAAAGCACAAUCAAAGGAAUUUGGUAAUUACUGUACUAAAAUUCCAUUAUUACACAAGGAAACGAUUCAAUUCCUUCCGCAAUGGUGUCUAAGCAUCGGCCAGCCGAGCUUUGCUUUUCCAACUCGUUACCUUCUAGCCUUGGAUAAGAAUACGCUUUUCUCGUUAGUUUUUGUACAAAAUUGUUAUGUAUAAAAUGUGUUAUUUAAUGAUCUCUAUAUAUUAUAUACCUACUAUUAUAAUAAAUGGUGUAAAAGUUCACUAAA